AUGUGCCUUCACUUAGGAUCAAUUCCAGGUCUGGAUUCUGUCGAAUGCAAGAGUCAGUCAUGUAAUAUUUCUGGAGUGAAGAAAGAGAAGAGACCUUUUAAUCUCGAGGAAGCUCCUGUAUUGUAUCCUACCAUCGAAGAGUUCAAGGAUCCGUACUCGUACAUAAACUCAUUGUAUGAGUUGGGAGAGAAGUACGGAAUUCUCAAGGUGGUUGCGCCAGAAAAAUGGAAUCCCAAAUUUGCUAUAGAUAUUGGUGGAUUCAACUUCGAAUGUCGUAAACAGACUUUGAAUACUAUGGGUGCCAUGACCAGAUCGACUAUGGGUUGGGCUGAUAGAAUGGCUCAUUUCCAUCAGCUGUUCGGUAGUAUAGGUAGUCAUGCGGGUUCAAAUAGUGAAUUGUCCAGUGUGAAUAAGAUGCCGAAUAAGAUGUUCGAUGAGGGGUCUAAUGAGAUGUCUACUGAAAUGUCGGAUAUUGGGUCUAAUGUGUCUAAUAUGAACUCGAAUAAGCGGUCUAUAUACAUGUCCAAUGAGACGUCCAUGGAAAAGUAUCCUGCCGUAGGAAAUGGAGUUUUGUACUAUUAUCACCUGAAAGAGAUUGUUCAUCGAUUAGGUGGACAUAAAGCUGUAGAUGACGGCAAUCUAUGGCCGUUGGUAUGUGCCAAGCUGGAACUUUCCACUACUGCAGAUAUCGCUACUGCCCAGUAUGUCAAAUCGCUGUAUCAUACAUAUCUGUUGCCUUAUGAGCGCUAUGUUGCUUAUGUCGAGAGCACGAAAGCGAGGAAGACUGCUAAGGUGCGGUCGGGCUCUUUGGAUUACCAGAAGGAAGAGGCUAAUGCGUAUAUAAGCGAAUGGAACUCGAAACAGAGAUCAAGACUAUCUACUCCAGUAGUUCCUAGUCGGAAUCUUAUUACUCCACCCUCUUCAACUGCUAGUAUCAUUACAGUUACGAGAGGUAUUCCUCUAGAAGCGAGUAUGGGCAAUAUUGCUAAUAUAGGAAUCAAGAUGAGCAGCAACAUGAGCAACAACAGAAAUUUGAAUUCUGAUACGGAUACAGUCUUCCCUGUGGAUGCUAGAGAUAACAAGUAUGGACUGAGUUAUCAGGGUGGUCUGACGCCGGUAGUUGGACUGAUGCCCUCUCCCGAAAUUCAUGUUAAACGAGAAAACUCGUCACUACUGGGCAACUCUACUGCUGGUGUUAAUAUAGCAGCUUCUAGACUACCGUUAUCACCUCCUCCAGAAGCUUCUUCGAAACGACGACUGCGAGAAGUCAACACUGAGAAUGGAAAGGAUGACAACGAGGGAGAAAUGCCUAUUUCGAAACGCCGUCAGAGACGCUCAACUGCUACUGCUGUUAAUUAUAAAGAUACUAUUUACCACCAUUCCCCUGGUUCAGUAUCUACAUCUAAUUCCACGUCAAUGUCUAAUUCCACACCUCCACCACCAACAGGCAGAAUGUUCCGCAGCUCUAAAACACGAACUCCAAAACAAAAAUACAAAGAAGUUGAUUUAGAAGAAGACGAAGAUGGCCAAGACGAUGAAGAUGACGAAGUAGAUAUCUGUCCAGAGUGCGACGACGAAGUGAUUGAAACCACAUCUGCUCUUGUUUGCUUGGAAUGCGACUGCCACUAUCAUGACAGGUGUCUCUCUCCACUGCUAGCAAUCAACACCAAAGUGCUAUCUUGGUACUGUCCUAAAUGCCUUGUCGGAACCGGUGAGUUUUAUUUUGAUGUAGGAGGAGAAUAUGACCUGCCUGGUUUCCAGGAAAUGGCUAAUGAUUUCAAGAACACAUACAUGGAGACAGAGUUACCAAUCGUCGAUCCGGAAGAUAGAGCUGUAGUAGAGUGUCUGGUAGAACAGAACUUCUGGCACCAUGUCAACGACCCUAAAUGCAAAAUCGCUGUAGAAUACGGUGCAGAUAUCCCAUGUGACACCAAAGGCUCGGGAUUCCCCUCGAUUGCUAAAGAUCCGUUCAAUAGAUAUGCCAAGCAUCCAUGGAACCUGAACAACUUCCCACUCAAUAAAAUGUCACUUUUCCGAGGACUCAAGUCGGAUAUAUCUGGAGUUACAGUUCCCUGGGCAUAUGUGGGAAUGAUGUUUUCGGCAUUCUGCUGGCACAGUGAAGACCAUUAUACAUACUCAGUGAACUACCAGCAUCUUGGUGAUACCAAGACAUGGUACGGUAUACCAGGAUGCCAUGGUGAUGAGUUUGAACAGGCCAGUAAAAAGCUUGUUCCCGAACUGUUUGAAAAGCAGCCAGAUAUCCUGUUCCAGCGAGCUACGAUGAUUUCUCCCGAAACGAUAAAAAAGAUGGGCAUUCCCGUCUAUGUUGUCGACCAACAUCCAGGGGAGUUUGUUAUUACAUUCCCCAAUGCUUAUCACGCGGGGUUCAACCACGGUUUCAAUUUCAACGAAGCAGUCAACUACGCACCUCCAGACUGGCUUGUUUACGGUAAAGCAGCCGUCAAGUCGUACAAAUCACAAAUGAAGUCACCCAUCUUCUCACAUGACGAGAUCCUUAUUCGCAAUGCUGCAACCUGCACCCAACCAGAGACUGCCGAAUGGUUAUACCCUCAACUUCUCGAGCUGCUGAAGGAAGAAACUGAGAACCAGGCCAAACUAGCCGAUCUGUCUUCAUACACUAUCGACCACAAAAAGCGAACCAUCAACGGCUGCGACGAGGACAGCUACGAAUGCUGUAUCUGCUCAUGUCUCUGCUACAUAUCACGACUGAUACCAACAGACGACAAGUCCAAAGUAUACUGCUACGACGACUUCCAAAAACACCAAGGCUCGUGCUUCGAGCUCGAACUCACCUUCACCGUCCAAGAGCUACAAACCAUCUGCGACAACACUCGCCGCUACCUCGACGACUGA